AUGAAAAAGGUUGAGUCAAACUGUGGUACCAUACAACAAGAAGUUAGAGUUGAGACUGACCAUGUUCAUGAACAACAUCCAGAAUCAAGUGGUGAUGGAGAUAUGAAUGAUAAUGACUCAUCAGACUAUGAAUCUUUUUAUGAUAGUGAGCAUGACAUAAUUUAUGAUGAAUUAUAUGAGACAUUUGUUGAUAAGGAUGUUGAAUUUUUUGGUAAGGACAAGGGGAAAGGGGUUGACAAAGGGAAAGGUGUUGAUGGUGAUAGAUGCACAACAAAGGAUGCUGAUAAUGAUUUGUAUGCUAAAGACUAUGACAGUGAAGAGUUAUUAAGUAUUAGUGGUUCAUCAUCGGAUGACGAGGAAGGAGGACAUUGUAAGAGAAAGAGGGUGAAAUAUCCACAGUUUAAUUCAAAGUCUGAUAUGGUUGACCCAUAG